AUGAACGACCCCGGCCUCCAUGAGUCCGCCAACGAAGCGGCGCAGGAUGUAGAAAAGAACGAGACACAGGCGGAGCAGGAUGAACAGGAGUUUUUGGACCCGAGUUUGUGGUGGUUUGCGUCAACCGCGUGUCCCCUGAUUGCAGGUACAUUCGGACCCAUGGCCAACGCUUUCAGUAUAUGUGCGCUGGUAGAGACGUGGCGAGUGCACAUACCCCAAGGAUCAGAUGAAGGCCAUGGCGAAAGAGUUGAGGACCCUAAGUGGCUUAUCGCAGUCAACUCGAUAUCGCUAGUCUUUGCUCUGACGGCGAAUAUGUCUUUGCUGCUUAACAUGGCGCGCAGGCUCUCCUUUGCAAUUGCGCAACCGAUUACUAUCCUUGGGUGGUAUCUUUCAUCAGCCCUGUUGAUUGCGCUGGUUAUAGUGGCUUCGCUGCCCGUGUUCGAGAUCCAGCCGAGGCAAGAGCAUGCUUUGAGCCAGGCGUACUAUUACGGGAUCAUUGCAGCUGCGCUCUACUUCAUUGUGGCGAGCUUGAUGGCUUUCACCGCGUAUGGUGCUUGGAGAGGACACUACUCAAAAGACUUCCAAUUGACACCAAGCCAAAGAACUCUGAUGCUGCAGACUAUCGGCUUCAUGGUCUAUCUACUACUAGGUGCGCUGGUCUUUUGCAAAGUGGAAGGCUGGCAGUUCCUCGAUGCCGUAUUUUGGGCGGACUUCACACUCUUGACCGUGGGUAUCGGUGGCGAAUUCGUACCGAAGACACACACAGGCCGCUCUUUGCUAUUUCCAUACGCUAUUGGGGGUUUGAUCAUGGUUGGUCUGGUCAUCGGCUCAGUCAGGAGCUUAAUCCUUGAGCACGGGAAGCAGAAAAUGUCCGCUCGAUUCGUUGAGCUCAAACGCCAGAAAGUGCUAUCAAGCAUUGACCAAGAUGAGAGAACGAUCACGCUUGGUUGGUUCGAGAAGAUCAAAUUCUCCCAAAAGGGCUUGUCCGAGCUACAGCGAAGAGAACAAGAAUUUCACGUGAUGCGACGGGUGCACGAACUUUCAGAGCGGAAGAGGAGGUACGCCGCGCUCGCCACGUCAACUACUGCAGCCAUGGUUUUAUGGCUUGUCGGCGCUGUGGUCUUCAUGCAGGCCGAGAAGCCUCAAGGGUUUUCUUAUUUCGCGUGGCUGUAUUUUUCCUACACAUCGCUUUUGACGAUUGGGUAUGGGGAUCUCGUCCCAUUCUCGAAUUCAGGCAAAGCCUUCUUCGUGUUCUGGAGUCUCCUGGCUGUGCCAACGCUCACUGUGCUUAUUAGCAACAUGGGAGAUACCAUUAUCCAAGGCUUCAAGGACUUCACUAUAUGGAUCGGUUCUUUGACCGUUCUUCCCGAUGAGAACGGCCUGGCCUCGGCACUCAAAGUCGGUAUGAAGAGAAUGAGGACGGGAAAAGGGUUGAAAGAGAAGGACAUUGAUCGUAAGGGGGAAUCUGGCACAGGAGAACAGCGCGGCCUCGACCGUGUCGCCGAACACAUUGAAGAGGAAGAACUUGGCGAGGCAUUGGAAGCGGGAGAGCAUGGCGACUAUCUCGAACGCGACAUCCACUUCUAUCAUUUUAUCCUUGCGAAAGAGAUUCGCAAAAUGCUGAGCGAUGUGAACACUUCGCCGCCCAAACAGUAUUCCUACGACGAAUGGACUUACUAUCUGAAGCUAAUUGGUCAAGAUGAGGGCGAUGAAUCUACUCAUAGGAAGCCGGAAGACCAGUUCCAGCACAAAGAAGGCGAUGCACCGGAUAUUGGCACCGCGAACGAUGGAGGCGAGGUGAAUUGGAGCUGGCUAGGCAUCCGUAGCCCACUGAUGGGUAACACCAACGAGCCUGAAUGGCUACUGCAGCGUUUGACUGCCAAACUUGAAGCAGAGAUGCGUAGAAUGAGUUCACGUAACAAGAAGGAGCGGAAUCGGAAACCACCCAUUUCGAUGGCAGAUGCCCAGAAGAAGAACAAGGGUGGGGAUGAGAAGGAAGUUGUAAAGCCACAUAAAGGUGCAAACAGUGCUGAGGUCCACCAUCAGGAGCACACCUCUGAGCAGUGA